AUGCCAGGCUCCCAUGUCAAAAGAGUCUCCGCGAGAGCAGCCCCCGCCGCCGCCAUAUCGGCCCAUCUGCAGUGGAUGGUCCUCCGGAACUGCUCCAGCUUCCUCAUCAAGCGCAACAAGCAGACGUACAGCACCGAGCCCAACAACCUCAAGGCCCGAAACUCCUUCUGCUACAACGGGCUGAUCCACCGGAAGAUGGUGGGCAUAGAGCCGGCCGCUGACUGCAAGGGCAUCAUGGUGGUGCUGAAGCGCCGGGCAGGUCAGAGGAAGCCUGCCACUUCCUAUGUGAGGGCCACCAUCAACAAAAAUGCCCAGGCCACGCUCAACAGUGUCUGGCACAUCAUCCGCAAGAACAAAUACCGGAAAGAUCUCCGCAUGGCCGCUCUGCGCCCGGCCAGUGCCAUCCUGCGGAGCCAGAAGCCAGUGGUGGUGAAGAAGAAGCGAACCCGCCCACCCAAGAGCACUUAGGGGCCAAACCUGCCUUUGGCUAAUAAAGUCAAACUGCUCGACCUGU